AUGAGUAAUAAUCAGUACAAUCAUGAUCCUACAUCAAAUUUCGGAGGAAAUAUUGCUCCUAUGGGGUCCCAGCCCGGUUCAAGUCAGGAGAAGAGAACGACUGAAGGCAUGCCUCCUGUUUCUGCUCCUUCUAGCUCUAGUGUGGCUAGGAACGAGGGUGAUUCUCAGUAUAAUAGGGGAACUCAAAACACUUCAAAUAACUAUGGUACUGGGUAUAUCAACCAAAAUCAGCCAAAUAAUCAGCCAAGUUAUAAUCAGCCUGGAAUUCAGCCACAACAGAGUAGUUUUAAUCAGGAGAAUUAUGGAAUGGGCUUUACAAAUUCUGCUCCUCAGCAUCCACCUAUCUCUUCUGGAAUGAUGGGAGCUCCAAAUUUGAGUAGCAAUCAGCCUCCUAUUGGACAGAGAAAUUACCAAUCCUACCCCCAGCCUGGAUAUAGUGGAACUCAGACCUCAAGCCAAGAGAUGGCUCAAAAUGUUGGAGGAAUGAAUAACUCUGGAGGAAUGAGCCAUGGCCAGAGCCAGAAUCAUAUCUCUACAGUAAACCAGCCUUCAAUCCAGAGUAUGCCCCCUGUAAGUGUCCCACAGACCACUACCCCAAGUUUGAAUACUAUCCAAGGUGAGAAGACUUAUGAACCUGGAACUCUCCCACCAACUUCUACACCAAGUCGCCCUAACUACGUCGAACUCCUUGGAAUUAGUGAAGAAUCUCAGCAGGAAUUUGAUAAGAAAGCAGCUCUUUGAAAACAGUAUAACCAAACAGACGUAUUUGCCGCCAUUCAAGUGAAAAAUGAAGAAGAUGGAUUAAAAAUAAUUGACUAUCUAUUGAAAAAUGGAGUGGACCUGACUGCAAAAGAUGCUUUAAAGCAGACUGCUCUUUUCUAUGCCUCGAGAGACGGAAAAUUCAAGAUCCUCAACCUGCUUAUAGACCAAGGUUGUAAAGCUAAUGAGAGAGACCAGUAUGGGCAAACUCCCAUCUACUAUGCCUCUAGAGAUAAUAAGAUAGAUAUCUGAAAAAGACUCAUCGAAUGAGGAGCUGAUGUUAAUAAUGAAGAUAUGCAUAACCAAACCUGCAUGUUUUACGCCGCUAAGCAAGGCAACAUUGACAUGUGUGCCAAGUUACUCGAAAGUGGUGCAAAUAUUAACCAUACUGAUAAUAAGAGACAGACCCCACUCCACUGGGCCCAAAAGAGUAGGAAAACAGAAAUGGUGGAUUGGCUCAUUUCCAAUGGAGCUUCUCCAAUUACCCGCAAAACGGAGAAAAAGAAAACUACUAAAAUUAAGAGAAGUAAUAAUGCCCGUAAAAGCCAGAAAUAUGUCCUAACUAGAUUUGUUAAUGGCCAAUGGCUUCCUCUUGCUUAUGAGGAUUUCAAGAAAUUGGAAGAAGAAUGUCCUGAAGUUGCUAAAAUCCUGAAAGAUCCUACACAACUUGAGAACUUGCCCAUCCCUGAAAUUCCGGAAAAUACUCCUGUGUAUGAUCACUGGGAGAAGCCUGCUCAAAGAAUAAUACAGCACCUGUGGAAACAAGAAGGUGCUUGGGUGUUCCAACAUCCUGUAGAUGCUAAAGCUUGGAAAAUUGAAGAUUAUUACCAAAUUAUCACUGACCCUAUGGAUUUCUCCACUAUAAAACAGAAGCUGAAGGAGAACAAGUAUCUAAACGUAGACCAAUUCAAACUGGAUGUUCACAAAGUAUUCGAUAACUGCAUAAAGUACAACGGAGAGGCUAACCAGUACUCCUUGAUUGCUAACAAGAUGCGUAAGGAAUUCGAGACCCAAUUACAACUAUUCCAUGUUACUCUGAACAUGGGGAAGUAAGCAACCGCCAUGAGUUUUCUAAUUUUGUGCUCAAAUUCAUU